AUGGCAACUGCGGUGCCAGCCACGGACGGCAGUUUCGACUAUGAUUACCAGACGUACGACCAGGCGAACUUGUUUCCGCCACGGUUUUCCUCUGUUUCCGGCACGCAUGUAGUCAAGGAGGGCAACACCACCAUCCUGCCGUGCGUGGUGCAGGACCUCGGACCUCGAACCAGGUGGUGCGAGAACAGGGCCGUCUCCGCCUUCUCGGACGGCUACAACCUGCAGAUCAGUCAGGCGCGACCUGCGGACGCCGACGUCUACACCUGCUCCGUGGCGCUCAGUGACAGGGACCUGGAGCAGACACAGACGCUGGACGUCCAGUAUGGUCCCUUCAUACGGACGGUGCCUGAGAGCGGGUUGGUGAUCGUCGAGCAGGGACAGAACACCACCCUCGAGUGUCAUGCCAGCGGCAACCCAAAACCGCGUGUCAAGUGGCGAAAAAAGGUGCAGGACGGCAGUAAGGUGGUGGACCUGAAGGGCGGCGAGCUGCUGCGGCUGGACACCGUCACCCGCUCCGACGCCGGCGUGUUCGAGUGUCUAGCCGACAACACCGCUGGCGACCUGAAGACGGCACAUGUCCGCCUGCAGGUGCUCUCUCUGGAGUCCAGAAGUUUACCAUCCAGUAACAGCCAACGGAUAAGGGCUUCUAUCUCAGCCGUACCCAUCAUUGGUUGGUAUCAUCAUCAUCAUCAUGGAAUUGUUGUAAUGUCAGUAACGUGUGAUAUGAGUGAAUGAGCUGUGAGAAGUUGGUGGAAGGAUCGCUUCGCGCUGCAUUUGACUGAACAGCGGCGGAUCUCGGAAUAUGCGGGAAAGAGGCAGCUGUCACAUGUUCUGAAACGGUUGCUUGGAUCCGCGCCGAAUAAAGGGGCACAUGAAGUUAUAUGGAUGUGACGCGCUGCUAAAAGGACGGGAACACGGCUGUUUCCAGUCUGCACCUUCUAACCGCCACAACUGUGCUAAUCUGCCCGGUACUCGGAACGUGUGAGUGGAUGUCUCAGUGCCUUUGUGAAUAUCUCUCUAAUACCCUCUCCCGGUCAGGUUAUCACUACGUCGGUGUCAUGUGUCAUUCAUUCUUUACCGGUCCGAUGUGGUGUAAAUGGCGAGAGAAGUUGUUUAUAAACAUGUGUGAAUAAACA